CCUCCUCCCCCUGGCCUGACGAACGAGCACAGUGGCGGAGGUAGCCAUGGCGACCACGGUGGAGGAGGGGGCGGGGUCAACCACGGGGUUGGCGUGGUGGGCCUGGCCCCGGAGCACAUCCCCACACCGGGGGCGGCACUGAGCUGGCAGGCGGCCAUCGACGCUGCGCGGCAGGCGAAGAUGAUGGGCAGCGCCGCGACGAGCGGAGGGGCGGGGCUGGGGUCAGGAGGGGGCGGGCCCAUUUCCACGGCCAGCUCCACGCAAAGGAAGAGACAACACUAUAGCUCUAAGCCCAAGAAACAGACAACGACGACAGCCACAAGGCCCCCACGAGCCCUACUCUGUCUCACACUCAAGAACCCCAUCCGCAGGGCCUGCAUCAGCAUUGUAGAGUGGAAACCAUUUGAGAUCAUCAUCCUGAUGACCAUUUUCGCCAACUGUGUGGCCUUAGCCGUCUACAUCCCCUUCCCAGAGGAUGACUCGAACGCCACCAACUCCAACCUGGAGCGUGUGGAGUAUCUGUUCCUCAUCAUUUUCACGGUGGAGGCAUUCCUGAAGGUAAUAGCCUAUGGGCUGCUCUUCCACCCUAACGCCUACUUGAGGAACGGCUGGAAUCUGCUCGACUUCAUCAUUGUAGUCGUAGGGUUAUUCAGUGCGAUCUUGGAGCAGGCCACCAAGGGGGACGGCGGCACUCCUAUUGGAGGGAAGGCAGCAGGCUUUGAUGUCAAGGCUCUGAGAGCAUUCAGAGUACUCAGACCCCUCAGACUGGUCUCUGGAGUACCCAGUUUACAGGUAGUGUUGAACUCCAUAAUCAAAGCCAUGGUUCCUCUUCUCCAUAUCGCCCUGCUGGUCCUCUUUGUCAUCAUCAUCUAUGCCAUCAUCGGCCUGGAGCUCUUCAUGGGCAAGAUGCACAAGACCUGCGUUUACGAGCAUAUAGGCACCAUUGCGGAGGAAAAGCCGGCACCUUGUGCACCAGACGGAGCUUACGGUCGACACUGUAAACAUAACGGAACAGAGUGCAAAAUGGGGUGGGAGGGCCCAAACGACGGCAUCACCAACUUUGACAACUUUGCCUUUGCCAUGUUGACUGUGUUCCAGUGUAUAACCAUGGAGGGCUGGACGGAUGUGCUGUACUGGAUGCAGGAUGCUAUGGGCUAUGAGCUGCCAUGGGUCUAUUUUGUCUCUCUCGUCAUCUUCGGCUCCUUUUUCGUUCUCAAUCUCGUUCUGGGGGUGUUGAGCGGAGAGUUCUCCAAGGAGAGGGAGAAGGCCAAGGCACGUGGUGACUUCCAGAAACUCAGAGAAAAACAGCAACUGGAGGAGGACCUCAAGGGCUAUUUAGACUGGAUCACUCAGGCUGAAGACAUUGACCCAGAGAAUGAAGAGGAGGGCUUGGAUGAUGACAAACCCAGAAACCUGAGCAUGCCAGCCAGCGAGAAUGAAUCAGUCAACACAGACAACGCCCCCGGGGGAGACGUGGAGGGAGAGACCUGCUGUACCCGGUUAGCAAAUAGGAUCUCCAAAUCCAAGUUCAGUCGAUACUCUCGGAGGUGGAACAGGCUGUGUAGGAGGAAGUGCCGGGCAGCAGUCAAAUCACAGGUUUUCUAUUGGUUGGUCAUCUUCCUGGUUUUCCUCAACACUCUGACCAUCGCCUCUGAACAUCACCAGCAGCCUCAGUGGUUAACUGAUGUACAAGACAUAGCCAACAAAGUCUUGCUAGCACUCUUCACUGGUGAGAUGCUGUUGAAGAUGUACAGUCUGGGUCUACAGGCGUACUUUGUUUCGCUCUUCAAUCGCUUCGACAGCUUCGUAGUAUGUGGAGGAAUUCUUGAGACCAUUUUGGUGGAAACCAAGAUCAUGUCUCCUCUUGGCAUCUCUGUGUUACGUUGUGUACGCUUGCUGCGAAUAUUCAAAAUAACCAGAUACUGGAACUCCCUGUCCAACCUGGUGGCCUCUCUGUUAAACUCUGUACGCUCCAUCGCUUCCCUGCUGCUCCUGCUGUUCCUCUUCAUUAUCAUCUUCUCCCUGCUCGGCAUGCAGCUCUUUGGGGGGAAAUUCAACUUUGACGAGACCCGACGCAGCACCUUUGACAACUUUCCCCAGUCUCUGCUCACUGUGUUUCAGAUCCUUACAGGAGAGGACUGGAACUCUGUGAUGUAUGAUGGUAUCAUGGCGUACGGUGGACCAUCAUUCCCUGGCAUGCUGGUCUGCAUCUACUUCAUCAUCCUCUUCAUCUGCGGAAAUUAUAUCCUACUGAAUGUCUUCUUGGCCAUCGCUGUAGAUAAUCUGGCAGACGCUGAGAGCCUGACAUCCGCCCAGAAAGAAGAGGAAGAGGAGAAGGAGAGGAAAAAGCUAGCCAGAUUGGCCAGUCCAGAGAAGCGUCAUAACAAUGAGAAGCCGCCUCUGAAGGAGGAGAAGAAAGAGAAGAUAGAGCUGAAGUCCAUCACCUCUGAUGGAGAGACCAACACUGCUACUAAGCAGAUUAACAUGGAUGAGUACUGUGGAGAUGAGAGUGAAGAGAAGAACCCAUAUCCUGCCAAUGAUUACAUAGGGGACGAUGAUGAGGAUGAGCCAGAGAUGCCAGUGGGCCCGAGGCCUCGGCCACUCUCCGACAUUCAGUUGAAGGAAAAAGCCAUUCCCAUGCCUGAGGCCCGUGCUUUCUUCAUCUUCAGCCACACCAACAAAUUCAGAGUUCUGUGCCAUAAGAUCGUCAACCACAACAUCUUUACCAACCUCAUCCUCUUCUUCAUCCUGCUCAGCAGCAUCAGUCUGGCAGCAGAGGACCCAGUCAAGAAUGACUCCUUCAGAAACCAGAUCCUGGGAUAUGCAGACCAUGUCUUUACUGGACUCUUCACCAUAGAGAUAAUUCUUAAGAUGACAGCCUAUGGAGCCUUCGUCCAUAAAGGUUCAUUCUGUAGAAACUAUUUCAAUAUCCUGGACCUGGUGGUGGUUAGUGUGUCCCUCAUCUCCUCUGGAAUACAACUAGACUUCUCGACGUCCAGCGCAAUUAACGUGGUGAAGAUCCUGAGAGUUCUGCGAGUGCUCAGACCACUGAGGGCCAUCAACAGAGCCAAGGGACUAAAGCAUGUAGUUCAGUGCGUGUUUGUAGCCAUCAGGACCAUCGGCAACAUUGUCAUCGUCACUACGUUGCUCCAGUUCAUGUUCGCCUGUAUUGGAGUACAACUCUUUAAGGGCAAGUUCUUCUUCUGUUCCGACAGCUCUAAACAAACUCAGGCAGAUUGCAGAGGUUUCUACAUUAAGUAUAAGGACGGUGAUGUGGGGAAGCCUGAGAGAGACCCGAGAAAGUGGGAGAACAGUGACUUUAACUUUGACGAUGUCCUGCAAGGCAUGAUGGCUCUGUUUGCUGUGUCUACCUUUGAGGGCUGGCCAGGGUUACUGUACCGAGCCAUUGACUCUCACACUGAAGACGUCGGGCCCAUCUACAACUACCGCGUGGUCAUCUCCAUCUUUUUCAUAAUCUACAUCAUCAUCAUUGCCUUCUUCAUGAUGAACAUCUUCGUCGGUUUCGUCAUCGUCACAUUCCAGGAGCAAGGAGAACAAGAAUAUAAAAACUGUGAGCUGGACAAGAACCAGCGGCAGUGUGUGGAGUAUGCUUUGAAGGCACGUCCGCUGCGACGCUACAUUCCCAAGAACCCCUACCAGUACAAGGUGUGGUAUGUGGUCAACUCCACCUACUUUGAGUACCUGAUGUUCACACUCAUCCUUCUCAACACCAUCUGUCUGGCCAUGCAGCAUCAUGGACAGACCAAAAAUUUCAAUGAUGCCAUGAACAUUCUCAACAUGCUCUUCACUGGACUCUUCACUGUGGAGAUGAUCCUUAAACUGAUAGCCUUCAAACCCAGGGGGUACUUUAGUGAUCCCUGGAAUGUGUUUGAUUUCCUCAUCGUAAUUGGCAGCAUAAUAGACGUCAUUCUCAGUGAGAUCAACCCAGCUGACUCCUCCUCGUCCUCGUCCUCCUCCUCUUCGUCCUCCUCCUCCUCCUCUUCCUCCUCUCACCCCCCUGUGGUAAGGCCAAUGGUACGCUCCGACGGUAACCUCGUCCGCCUCCCUACCUCCUCCACCAUCCCUCCAUCCUUCCAUCCUUCCAUCCCUCCUCCUGCUACGCCAACCAUGGGACUGCAGAACUCUGAAGAGAACGCCAGGAUCUCCAUCACCUUCUUCCGGCUGUUCCGCGUGAUGAGGCUGGUGAAGCUGCUGUCUCGCGGGGAAGGGAUUCGGACCCUGCUGUGGACCUUCAUCAAAUCCUUCCAAGCACUGCCCUACGUAGCUCUGCUUAUAGUGAUGCUAUUCUUCAUAUACGCUGUCAUCGGUAUGCAGAUGUUUGGUAAGAUAGCACUGCAGGACAACACGCAGAUCAACAGGAACAACAAUUUCCAGACAUUCCCUCAGGCAGUGCUGCUGCUCUUCAGAUGUGCAACAGGUGAGGCAUGGCAGGAGAUCAUGCUGGCAUGCUCGCCCAAACGGCCGUGUGAGAAAGGAUCGACCAAUGAGAACAACACAUCCAGCGAGGACUGUGGCAGCCAGUUUGCCAUCAUUUACUUUGUCAGCUUCUAUAUGCUCUGUGCCUUUCUGAUCAUCAACCUGUUUGUGGCUGUCAUUAUGGACAAUUUUGAUUACCUGACACGUGAUUGGUCGAUCCUGGGGCCACAUCAUCUUGAUGAAUUCAAGAGGAUCUGGGCUGAAUAUGACCCAGAAGCUAAGGGGAGAAUAAAGCACCUGGAUGUGGUGACUCUGCUGCGAAGAAUCCAGCCUCCCCUGGGUUUUGGAAAGCUCUGUCCACACAGGGUGGCCUGCAAGCGUCUGGUGUCGAUGAACAUGCCUCUGAACAGCGAUGGAACAGUGAUGUUCAACGCCACACUUUUUGCCCUGGUCAGAACCGCACUCAGGAUCAAGACAGAAGGUAACCUCGAGCAGGCCAAUGAGGAACUGAGGGCAAUAGUGAAGAAGAUCUGGAAGAGAACCAGCAUGAAGCUCUUGGAUCAAGUAGUGCCCCCUGCUGGUGAUGAUGAGGUAACAGUCGGGAAGUUCUACGCUACCUUCCUCAUCCAGGAAUAUUUCCGCAAGUUUAAGAAGAGGAAAGAACAAGGGCUGGUGGCCAAGGUGGCCCCCAAAACUGCCCUCUCUCUGCAGGCUGGCCUGCGGACAUUGCAUGACAUUGGUCCAGAGAUUCGGAGGGCCAUCUCUGGAGACCUGACUGUGGAGGAAGAGCUGGAUAAAGGUCUAAAGGAGCCUGUGUCGGCUGCGUCCGAGGACGAUAUCUUCAGGGUAAAGCGUACAGGUGGGUUGUUCAGCAACCACGUCAACUACUACAACCAGAGCGAUGGCCGCGGUUCCUUCCCACAGUCCUUCACUACCCAGCGUCCCUUGCACAUCAGCCAGAAGGGCUCUCCUUGUGAAGGCGAGAGCCCGUCCCACGAGAAGCUCAUGGACUCGACCACUUUCACCCCUUCCUCUUAUUCUUCAUCAGGCUCUAAUGCCAACAUCAACAAUGCCAACAACACUGGCAUGGUUGGGGUGGUGACCCAGGGAAUCAGUCGAUUCCCAAGCCCGUCCAUAAGCACUGUGGACGGGCACACAGGGCAGCCGCUCACCCCCAUCCUGCUGCCAAGAUCCGCGUGGUGCUUUCCUCCAAAGAGCUCGGACUCAAGUGACAGCCGCCUGCCAAUCAUCCGAAGAGGCGAGGGGUCAACGGAGGAGACCUACGAUGAAAGCUACGGUGACGAUAGGGAGUACCACGAGGACGACCACUCGCUCUCCUCUGACAUGCUGGUGUAUCAUGAUGAUACAUGUAAGCAGUUGACUCCCAUGGAGGAAGGAGAGCAGGUAGAAGACAGAAGAGGAGGAGGAGGUUGGCAGUCUCCCAGGAGAGUCUUCCUCUGCCCCACUUCUCUGGGGCGGAGAUCAUCCUUCCACCUGGAGUGUCUCAGGAGACAGUCAAAGACAGAUGUCUCCCAGAAGACGUCUGUACCGCUACACCUUGUACAUCAUCAGGCUUUGGCUGUCGCAGGGUUGAGUCCUCUGCUAAGAAGGAGUCAUUCACCUACCCUCUUCAGCCGGCUAUGCUCCUCGCCUCCAGCCAGUCCCACAGCCCUUGGCAGUGAUGCUUCCUACCAGCGAGUGCCCUCUCUGAGGCUAGAGGGCACUAACUCCCAUGAAAAGCUCAAUACCAGUUUGCCCUCUGUCAACUGUGGGCCGUGGUACAGCGACAGUAAUGGGAACAGCCGGGUGCCCAGUCCUAGCCCCAGCGUGUCUGGGUCCAAUCAAAGACCACCACGGCCGGUGUCGCUCACAGUGCCCUCGCUACUGGGAAAAGACUCCAGCUCACUGUCUCGCGGAAGCGCAGGCAGUCUGGUGGAGGCGGUGCUAAUAUCAGAGGGUUUGGGUCAUUUCGCCCAAGACCCGUCGUUCAUUGAGGCGACUAAAGCCGAGUUGGCUGACGUCUGCGACAUGACCAUCGAGGAGAUGGAGCAUGCCGCCAACAACAUUCUCAAUGGCAACAGCGCCACAAACACCACAUCUGGCACCUCCUCCACCUCCCAGCACAGCCCCAACAGCAACCUCCUCCCCUUCCACACAGCAGCUGCAGCAACGCACAGGGACCGAGUGCUCAGCGAGGGCGGGGGAGAGGCCGGUGGAAGCAGAGGCUCCGUUCACGGGCCGUCCUCAGUGGAGGAGCGGCAGGAGCUGCUAGCAGGAGUUAGGGGACGAGAAGAGGAGGAGGAAGAGGCGGAAGGGAGGGAGGAGGGGCACAGCAGAAGCUUGGUUGUGAUUGAAGGAGCGCGACAGAGAAACAGCGGACUGUUGGACGACGAGGAUAUGGAGUGUGUGACGAGUUUGUAGGAAUCGGCUUGACGGGUUCAAUCGGCCGACUGGCCCCUCUGACAUCAUCAGAGACUAACGUUUGUCAGUGCUGGGUAACCGCCGCAGCUGGAUCUGUCUGUCCCCGCCGCUCACACACACACACAUACUCUGUCUGCCUCUCUGCCAGACGUAACCGCUCUGGACAUUGGCGGCCAGUGACGCAACCUUAAACACCUGGUUAUGACUUAUUUGGUUUAUAUGAGUUUGUAUGUGUGUGAAUGUUUGUAGUAAAGUACGCCACACAAUACUCUAUACUAUCUGAGUGUAUGCCUGUGUGUGUGAUCUAUGAUUUUCUCUAUUUGUACGUGUACGUGAGUGCGUGUGUUCUCCACACGUGUCUGAGUGUGUCUCUAAAGUGCCUCACAGUUUUAUCAUGUCCUCAAAGUGUGAAGAGCAGAAAAGAAGAGACAAGCAAAAAACGUGCCAGGGGACAGUAGGGAUGAAGGAAAGGUAGAAAGGAAACAACAGAAGCAGGAAGUCCUUUUAUGGAUUUCCUGCAGUCGACAUACUGUGUUUAUUGUUUUCAUUUCCUCUGCCUACUUUGGUGUUGUGUUAUUGUUGUUUGUCUGGCCGCCAUGAAGCCAGGUAGGGGACAGCAGACCAGCUUGUGUGGGGGGUCAGUUAAUGAUUCAAAUCUGACCGCACCCACUUGAGUUCAAAGGUCAACCACUCCUUCUUGGUUCACUGAUGAUGAAGCGCUGUAUUGAGUAAACGGGGGCGAGGAAAACCCUGUUUGAAAUCUCAUUUCUCUUCCUCUUCCAAAGCUAAGGAACCUUGGAGCACAGCCCUGCCAGCCUGGGGGUGGGAUUAAGGUGACACGCCAUCCCCAGCCAAGGGGGGGGAAGGAUUUGAGGGAUGGACCAACAGCCACAACAGGGCUGCUGUAGGGGGCCACGGGCAGAGAGAGACACUCUCUGGCCAACAGGAAGCCAGCUCUUUUAUCUGCUGGUCAGUAAGAUGCCAGCAAGAGACAAACUCACCUCGUCCGACACUUUGAUCUGGCUUCGCCUCCUACGCCCGCUUUUCCUCGUUUGGCCACACCCACUUCCUGACCCAACCAGGAAAUGGGAGGAGCAUUUGGUGGCUAAGCAGAGACAGCGAGCCCCCCUUUUCUGCCUCAUACCUCGCCGUUCCUCACUCCUCCCUCUCUCCUUCCUCCCUCCUCUUUGGUUAUUCCACCAUCUGUCUCCCUCCAUCGCUGGGUUUUUGCUUUUUCAGCCCUCGGGAGGUGAGUGUGUCGAAGGGUGGAGGAGAGAUCGGGAGUGACCGAUUGAAAAGAAAACAGACUCUGGGCAUGGAUCUACAGAGGAUCUGUCCGUCAAUCACUUCCUUCUCCAAGACCCUCCUCUUCCUCUCAGCGUGGAAUCCUAUUGGAUUUGCUGCCACACACACUCUCUCUGCAGACCACGCCCACUAUGUAUUUAACAGUUCAAUAUUGUGCAAAACUGGCUAGCCAUGACUAUUUUGUUUUAUAUUCAUGAUGUUAUUGGUUUAAUUUAUCCUUGAUUUGUUUGCACAAUCGGGGUGCUGGUCUUAUAAAUGUAUUUUUGCUCGGUUUAUUUUAGGAGAAUUUUAAGAGGUUUUAAGUAUCGAAGCAGGGCGUAGUGUUUGCGUGCGAAAGUAUAGCUAUAUUUGUGCGUGCGGGUGCGUGUCUGCAUUUUAGUACAGGAUGUAUGCGUGUACGAAUGUGUGAGAUAGCGUGUAUCUAAAAGGGGGGUCUUUCUCUCUAUCAGUAUGCACCUUUUACAGAUUGUAUCUAUUUAUUUAUUUAUUUUUCCCAGAAGAGAAAAAAAUGUGUGUGAGGAUGUGUUUGGAUGUGUGUGUAUGUGUGUGUGUGUGUGUGCCUGUGUUCAAGUGGUUACUUAUGUAUUCUAAAAAGCUGAUUUUAAGCCUAGACAGUAAAUUAAGGUAGCAUUACAAGUAUGGUGUGUGUGUGUGUGUGUGUGUGUGUGUGUGUGUGUGAGUGAGAGAGAGAGAGAGAGAGAGAGAGAGAGAGAGUAUGUGAGUGUAUGUGUGUGAUAAUGGGCCUCCUUAACACAGGGUUACCAUGGACAGGCAUGCUUCCAAAGCUUUGUGAUUUCUUUAGCACGGUUUUUACUUUUUAGCCAAGCUGCAGAGUCAGAAGCCACUCUAUCCUUGAAAUUUAGUCAUCGCAUAACUUUUCUUCAUUUUUCUGUUGAGAGGUAGUUAGGCGUAAGGUCUCCAGCGAGGUCAGAGUGACGGUUAAGUUUACAGUGGUGACGAGUUUCGGCAUUGCAGCUUGGCCAGAAGGUAACAAGCCUUUUGGCAAUUGCUGCUUUUCUUCUUUAUGGUGGAUGGUCACUCUGAAUGGUAGAAGCACCAAAUUUGUACUGCCAUAGUGACGCCUCGUGAAUGAACUGGGGGAUGACGCCCUGAUCGCUCGGCUGUAACGCACCGUAAUCACAUGAUUUCAUAAUUUAAUCGUAGUUUAAACUCCAAACGAACUAUUAGGGCUGGUGUACAGAUGCUGCAAGACUUCUGAAUCACAUCUCUUUGUCUGAGGUCUGCCAUAUCACAAAACAUUAUGAUUUAUUGUCAUUGUUAGAAAUUAAACAGUUCCUUGUCUGUAAUAUAAUUUACUGUUUAAGUACUGACAAAAAUUAUACUACAGACAGGAUAUUUACUGGUAAUUAAUAAGAUGUGAUAAUUGUUUGGUUAAUGUGAUAAAUUAGUGGAUAUAGAUCAGAAAACGAGGUGGGAAGUUGCGUCCUGGAUGAUCCCCUGGUGUGAUUUUUGUCUCUUCAUUUUCUUGUAAUGGAUUUUAGGUAGCAUGCUGACACAUUUUUAUUGACCUUUCUCUAUUAUGGCACAGGUAUGGACCUCAGGCCUCCGACAUUACACAGGGCACGGGUCUCUUUUUGGUAUUGUAUCGUCUCCAAAAAAAUAUCAGUAUCACAUCCUUUGUACCAAUUGUCACAUUUAUUAAACAACUUUAUAGUAUUUAAAACUGAAAUUGUUCAAUUCAGUUUUCUAAAAUGUUAUGUAGCAACCUAUGCUAGCCACUGACAAUUUGGAAAAACAUUGUGAUCACCACGAUCCCGAUGCAAAGUCACCUAGACACUAGGAUUUUAUUGAAAGUCUGUAUCUUAACAGACCAGUGUUCACAUGCAGAUACAACUCAGUAGAUCUUACAUAAAUAACCUCUUUAAAUUCCUACCCAGAGACACAUGUCUUAUAACUCCCCAUUAUUUUUUUACUUUAAUUUACCACUAAGGACUAACUGCUGAGCCCUCAUUCCUACAUGUUAAGCAGAGCAGGUUUGUGGCAGGGAAGGGUAGGCAUGAACACACUGCCAUAUACUGCAUCCUGUGCCAGUAACAGACUUCUGACAUUAUUAUGCAAACUAAAUGUGAAUGUUGAACGUGUUUUCAGUGGCAGUGCUAUUGUUGUUUUGUGGUUAUGAUCAUACUGCAAACCCUGAAGAAGUCUGUUGUCAAAGGAAUACCUUCCCUGACAUUUAGUCUGUUGUUUUUGUUUUCUUAUCCAUAAUACUUCAUAAAAACAAACCUUCAACAUUUCAAUCUUUCUUUCAAUCAUUCUAAAAGCACCUCAUUAAAUAGUUCUUUAUUGAAAUAACAUGGUACCAUAAGCUAGCAGGCUACUUUGCAGCAAGUGGCUCAGUUUCAGUAUAAGCUGCUCUUUUCUUUUUAGCAAAAGUCUAAAAGUUAGGAUGGAAGAUUUAAGUAUGGUCAAGCACGUUAGUGUGUGCAGGGAAGUAUCUGGGUUCAGUGUUUUAACCUUAGUUAAGUCAGCACAAUCUCACAUUGUGCUUUGUUUUUUUUUGUUUCCCCUCUGUUGUUACCAGCCCUGGUAAAGUUUAUUUAACCCUGAAUUUGAAAGACAUAACAAGUUCUCCUCCUGGUCAUUUAUGCUGAUUUACUCAUUACCAUUAGGUCUAAGUCCUGAAUAAUAAAUGCAACCAGCCGGCACCUGAAUUGUAAAGUUGUAGUUUUUGCAUCCAAGCUGCUACAGAGGAGCCAGCAAGUGUGUCUGCUUUAUACCAAGCAUUUUUGAUCAGCCGGUAUAGCAACAGCUAUGAAUGUCCCUCAAGACAGUUUUGAUAAGAAACUGCAUAAUGAAUGAAUAGUAACAUUAAUGAAUCAAUGAAUUAUCCAACACAGAACCAUUCUCCGACUUGACCAAGUUAAAAUUAGGAAGAGCAAGAUUCCCACAAGGUUGUUUUCUAUUAUUUAUGAUCAUAGCCGUAAGAUGAAUAAUCAAUAAUUACAGAAACAUUCAUAAAUGUUCCGUAUCACCUCCAGUUUUGCAGAUGAAAGAACAGAGAUAAAGCAUUGAGUUCAAAUCCUUUAAUUUUAUGCUCCUAAAACAUUUUCAUGUAUAUACUAUACCGCAUACUCAUAUCGAGUAACCCUGCAUAUCAGAAGUGCCAAACCAGACUUUGUUGUGUCUGUUUAAAGGCUCUUUGUUUUCAAAUGCAGGUGAGGGAGGUUCAGAGGCCUGUGGUGUCCCUGUGUGGAGUGGAGCAGCAUUGCCAUUUUUAUGUUAUAUAUAGGUUAGCAUGAACUAUGACGUGUUGCGUUGCAGUAUAUGGUAUGAGUGGGUGUAAUCCUGCAUCCCACAAGAUAUGCAAAAACAAUGCAAUAACUAUGACUGUAUACAAGGUUCCCGAAGUAAAUAUACUUGUGAAAGUAUGACAAUGUAUUUUUUUCUGUUUGUUACAUUUUUAAGUAAAGUCAGUGGUUUCCAUGCCAGAGAAACCUAACAUACUUGAAAUCAGGUACAUUGCAGUGCAGUAUAGUAAAGAUGUAUUUAUUUAACUUUCUCGUGCUAGGUGUUGGAUCUGCAGCUGCAGUCAAACGUGUAUCGGGACAGCAACAUGAAAUUGGUGUUUUUUCUCGUGGUUUAACAUCCAGCCAGUGGAGACCCAGAAUGAAAAGCUGAUUAUCUAUUCUGAUGAUUCAGCAGCGAAAACGACUAACUUCAGCUCCCUGACUCAAUAUGUUUUUGACCCUUUCUCUCGUUUCUUUCCAGUUAGAUUUUAAAUGGAUUGAGCUACGUGGCUGUAACAUCAGUAUUGCAUGAGGUUCACAUGUUGACAUUGAGCGUGCCGGGUUUUGCAGUCAUUUUGUUUUUAUCAGGUUAAGUAUCAUAUCACAUUAUGACAGAGUAGCUAUUUCUAUUUAGUGUACAUAUGAUUAUAGUCAGUAUUUCUUUGACAGCAGUGGAGGGGUAUUUGGAAGGUGAUUUUGCAUAUCUUGUGUCUUAUGGGCUCUCUUAGUUCAUUUUCUGAUUCAUAACCCUGAGAAGGACAGAGCUUAUGUUUAUAUGAUUGUCGAAGAGAAAAUUUACCUCUCUCUUGAGAGAAAAAGCAAACUACAGUAUUUUUACUCCCCACUUUAGACAGGUGUUACUACUACUUUGCCUAUGUGUUGCCAUAGUCUCUGUAGUCUCUGUCUUCAACUUCUAUCUUUUGUCUUCGUCAUGUGGACAUAUGGAAGAUGGACCAGUGGGGAUAAUGUGUAUGAAAUGGACCAAAUCACCCAUAAUUAGUAGUUUUUUAUAAAAAACAUUGGUGGAUAAUAUUGGAUGGACAAACACACAGGCAGGAGCUAGGUCUAGCUCCCUCCCACUUUAUUUGCUAUAUUAAUGCACAAAGUGAAAAAUAUACAUGAAAACGUCAAUUUAAAAUCCACAGGUUAACGGAAGCUGUCCCAAUUCCAUAUCAUGCACUUAUACAUAAGAAGAUUAUUUAGUGUAUUCAAACUAAAGUGACAACAUUAAGUCUUCAAUUAAGUAUAUUCAAAGUGGUCAGUAGGCUACAUAUUGUAAAAUAAAUUAACUCCCAGCAGUUUUAGUAUUUAAAUUCCAUAACGUUUAGGGACUCACAAGAUUAAAAGAAGAAUGGUAUGCAGCAAAAGGCUGAGAUAUUCUCAUGUUUUGUCCCUAGUGUUGGUCAGGCUCCAAAUAUACUUGAUACUACAUUUCCCAUAAUUCAACAAAUAACAGCUCUUCUAAUUAUUAUUAAUUACAGGUGGUGGUGAGACAGUUCCAGAAAUUUGUCACAAUACAACAAAUAAAAUAUUCUUUCAUGCCACCUUAAAGUCACAGUUUAAUUGACACUGGAUGGCGUAUUUAUGGCAUCAUUUCUGGUUAAAUAUGCCGAUUUCUUGUAUGCCAACUGCAUAAACAUAUAUUAUAAAGGUUUGUAUAAAGUUAUACCCUACACUAGUAGUGUGUAGUAUCUAUUGGAACACAUCAUGAGCGUAAGUUUGUUCAUCCUGCCAGUGAUAGUCUUUUUUUCACAGCUGACAUUUUGAUUAAGUAGCAGGAAAAGCACAGGUUUAACUAAUAACCUCAAUUAUGUCUCAUUUCCAUUUUGGUGUGCCAGUAAACCAGCAGUAACCAAACUACGGCCAUGGAGCUGGAACCACUAAAUGGACCAUAGCCACUAUUUAUGACGUUAGUUACGCUUGUGUUUUGCCGGUCACAUUGUCCACUCUGAGAGAAGUCUGUGUGUAUGUUCCUGUGGUCUGUAGACAAUUUAUCAGGCUGCUAAUCACGCUGAUAAGCUGCAGCUGUGUCUGCUGCCUCUCUGGAUCUCCACCUACAGCUAGUUAAACUAAAACCACACCCCUCUGCAAUAAAGGGUGCCGUUCAGAUUCAAGUAAUUCAAAGCAAAGAUAGAGAGAGAAAAUAGACGGAAGACAAUCUAGUUGACGGUUGAUGACAAUGGGAAGCAGUGGGUGUUUGGUCUGAGUAACAUUGUUUAAAGGAGAGUAUUUUUUGGAAUGGUAGAAGAUUUUGUUUCAUCAUGUUUGGAUUUCAGGAUGAAGUUCUGACAGGGUGAAUCUUAUAUCCAAGUGUUUUAUGUGCAUGGGUUUCUCUCUCUAGGGAUUUAAAGUAUUGGUCCUAAGUGAAUGAUGAAAUCUUUUCUCUCACCACUAGCCAAUGAAUGUAUAUUUUUAUAUACCAUUCUAUAGCAAGACAUAUAUGAAUAUAUAAUAUUUAAUCACCAAAAUGUUAGUGUAAGGAACAGACAAGACACUUAUUUGGGAAUGUAGUUUUUGAGCCAUUGGUUAUGAAGAUGUGUUAUAUAGGCCUACUGACUGAGGGUCAGUAUGAAUUUCUUGAACAAAGUCCCACUUUAUUGACUGUAUUUUUGACCAAAAGGCGCUGAAGGCGUCCACAAUGGAAUUUUAGGUCAUUUCACAAAUCUAUCUAUUCCUCACCAGUGCUGUGACUAUUUUUUUAGUUUUAAAGACACUAGGGUAUAGAAGUGAAUAUUGUCAACUAGCCUCACAGUACACACACUGAAGGAGAUGUCACACACUUUCACAUUUGACAUCUACAUUAAGCAACAGAGAGAUCUGAAAUUUAACGUACAUUUACUCAUUAUUUUUGUUUGAGAGACAUUAACCUACCAGCAACCUGCCAGUGCAGGUCAAAGUCUGGACAUUUUCCUACUGUAGCACCGAGAGACCUGUCUCUUUCGCUAGUCCAAUAUCACCGACACACACACACUGUAAACUCUUUCAAAUGCAUUAUUUAAGCUAUUAAAGACAUCUAACCAAAAUAAAUCCACCCAUCAAGGACUAGAUCUUUAUAUGAGCUAUGAAAACCAUGUAGCUUCGAUUUUAUUCUUCCAAGAAAGGAAUUAGAGGACUUGAACUACACCAGCGUAGAGAAAUCCUCAUUGAAUGCAGACAGUAAAGAAAGUAAAGAAGUUCAGCGGCCAACCAACUAAAUAAUUGUGUGUUUAUGAAACAAUGAAAAACGAUGUGUCAGAUUUGUAAUCAGAAUUGCUUUGUGGCAGGUUUGAUCUAAGAAAUGUUGAAUUUAUAUCCUGCAUCUCGACGGUGACGACGAGGAAAACUCAAAAAUAUGUUAUGGUUUGUGUGGAAGCUGCUGUACGUCAGUACUGAGAAAAAUGCCAUACAACACGCUUUAACAAAAAUAGUAUGUUACACACAAAUACUAUUUAAAAAGUAUUUGAGUUGUGUGUUUAUCCAAAACUACAUACACAUAUAAUGUGUAAUCAUUUAUCAGAGAGUGAGGCUAGAAAGCAGGACUCAUGUUAGUUAGGUUUAUCGUCUUAGUAACUCGUAGGCCUGCCGUUAUUGCAACAGAUGUACGUUAUAUUGUCUUGUAAACAAAAGUGUUCUUCAUUGUUUGAUCCUGACAGAAAUAUUUUAAGAGGACUAUUUUCAAUAUAGAUUUUAUUUUCCUUUUUUCUAGGUAGAAAUCCACAUAGCCUGUUGUAGGAAUCUUAUUCAAUCUUAUUCAGUCUAAUUAAAAGAUGAAUUCCCUUUUCUGGAGAAACAAGAGAGGAUGGUCUCUUUGGUUUUCUGCUGGACAGAUUUUACUUGAUGACAGUGCUGAUGAACGCUUUAGGAAAUGGAACAGAAAGUGGGAAUAUAUUAUGAAAUACAUGUUUAUAUUGCAAGUGUCUUCUAUUUUAGAUAUUAUAUAUAUAUAGAACAACUCUAUUGAAAUUAUAAGAUUAUUAAAUGAUAGGUUUGGAGCUGGAUCAAAAGGAAUCUUGUUCUGUGAGGAAAAAUGCCCAGAUCAGGUUUGGACGUGCCAUACUGUUAAACUCUACCUGUGCUGUAGCUUUCUGUAAUGGACCCAGAGGAAAAAUGUUUUAAUGGUUUUACCAUCGGCUGAAUGUUUCCAUCAGGUUUACAACUCGUCAUCAUAAAAAUCUGCUUUUGUCUGUUUGUUGCCAGCGCAUAAACAGGAUUUUAGGGAGAAACUGAAUACAUGCAAUGGGAUUACAAUGAGCCUCUUACAAGAUCAAAAUGUUUAAUUUCAUAAAAUGAAAGUGACACAUUUUAGAAUUUAGACACUGGAUUUAUUAAUCUUGAUUCCUGAAAUUACGCAUCAGGCUGUGAGACAUUCAAGGAACACAUUCAACUUACAGCCUCCAAUAUUUGAAUAAUUAGAAGUAAUUGUACGGAUCUUGGAGGCAAACGUAUUCCAGUACCACAAACAUUUAAGAACAUGAUCAGUGGUUAAAGAAUCUUAACUAGCCCUCUGCAUAUUGUGCUGCACUGGCUCAAAGUAACACUCACACACUCACAAACGCAUGUAAAGUCUUCACACAUCAGUCUUGGGAAUAUUUGAUUUGUUCACUUGUGAUGGUGGUGAGGAACAAAAAUCUGAUUUAUUUACAACCCUCUUUCCUUUUUCCUGGGACUGAUGAGCCAUAAAAUGAACCAAAUAAAUUAUAUUUGAUGAUGUAGAUUUAGAAAAAACACGUUGGAUAGCUGAGUAUAACUCACCCAUUGUGUAGCAGCACCUACAGCAGCACCCCUGUCUGAACAUUAAGGACGACUGUUAGUACUGUAAGGACCUUGAAAGCCUCGUGUUUAUCACGCAUUCCUUCACUUACUGUUAUUCAUACACAAUGUAAUAAUAAUAAAUCAUAAAGGAGAUCCCUGUUUGCACAUAUCACAAGUCCUGACACAGAGAUUGCUCUUUGUGUUUCACUUUUUUUGGAGAGGAAUGCUGCCCCCACAGCCUGUUGAUGGAGGAGUUUUCUGGACCAGCUAUUGUUUCUAACAGCGACUUUCUUCAGGAUAUUACUUCAGCUAACGUUUCUCAGCUCUGGAGGCAUGGCUGCAGCUUUACGAUGCAGAUUUCCUGUCAGCCGUUCUGGUGUUAAAACAACUCAACCUCGGUAGGACCAUGAAUGUCUCUGCCUCCCUGCAUCUGCUCCUCCUCUAACUUUACCGAUGAAGAGCUACAUAACAUUGCACCUUUAUGACAGUGAUUUCAUCCCUUGAAUGUAGGACGCAAUAUUGCUCAUACCGGUGUUUGUUUUUUGUAGCCCUUAAAGGAAAAAAAAGUUUGGAAAUUUUGACCACCACAGACAUAAAAGAUCUGAUUUGACCUCUUUGCUGACACAAAGAAUCUUUAGAAACCUUGAUUCCACAUGGUUUCAUCUUGCUAGGAAAGCCACAUUUGACCACAGAGAUUUAGAAACAAACAGGUCUUGUAUGCCUGUGUGUGUAAGUGCAGCUUUAAUGAAUGACUUGGUCCGUCUGAGAGCAUAGGCAGAGUCGUGUACAUUAUCAGUGUUUCUUUCUUGCUGGUGUGAAAACGCCUCUUUAACAGCAUGCAGGCGUUAACUACAUUUUUAAAAAUCCAGGUGGGGUGAUCCCGGCCUUUUGCCAGCCUGGCCAUUCAAUGGCUGGGGGUCUACAGCUUCAUAUACAGUAGUGAUUAACGAAAAACUGUUCUGUUCCUUUUUUAGUGGGUAAAUGCCUGGUUGUGUGGCUCUGUUCUCCACUGGUCAGUAGUGUCUUAUGAUCUCGUUCAUAGUCUUAGUUCACAACUCAUGCAAAGUGUUAAAGGGCCUUUGACAGGAUCGAGCUGUUUGUUUGUUUUUGUUCUGUUCUGUCGGAGCGAAGUCUGUUAUUAAUCCUCAAGUUUUUAUUUUGAGUGGACAGAGGUGUUCAGACCAAUUUGUUGUAAUAUUAGUAGUGGCGCUACUGUUAAAUGUAGUAUUUAAUAACAGCACUAUUUAUGGUCAAAAAAUGAACUAGUGUGUUAUUGUACUUGCGGUAGCUUUGGAGGCAGGUGGCCAUUUUGUAACUGAGUUCUUUAACAUAAGCCACUCCCCCUCGUGUGCGAGGGGUUUCAUUGGUUCUGAGGUUGCUAAGUGACACUGGCCCAACAUCAUUUGCUUCCCUCAGUGACCAUUGGUCUCCUUUGAUGACUGCAUGGUCUCACAGUUGACACACCCUUUUCUUUUCCUUCUUCUCUUUCUUUUUUCCCAAAGAAGAGUUCUUUGAUUUUCCUUUUGUUCAUGCAUUUUCAUUUUAGAUUUUAGAAAGGGAAAGAAUACAAAUCAAAUAAAUCAGAAUAUUAAUUCAAUCACUUUUUCUACUCCUAUUUUCAAUAAAAAGUGAAACGAAAAACCAAACAAAAAGUUGAUUUGUAAAUAAGUAAUGUACAGUUUGUAUCUGUAACUUGUCAGUCUGUCAUUGGUGACAGAGUCUGUCUUGCUUAUAACGCACGCUACCAGUAAAUAAAAAAAGGAAAAAUAUAUUUAGACUGUAUGGUCCCUUGAAAGCAAGUUUUAAAUUAAUAUCUGAUGUAUAUUCCUGUAACAUUGCAUUUUUAUCUGAAGGAAUGAUGUUAUUAAAAAAUUGCAAAUAAAUUGCAUUUCCUACA